UCAGAACUCAACAACUUCUCUUAACAACCCUCCUCUCAACCUAACCCCUGACACCAUGGCUUGCUGUUCCACCAGUUUCUGUGGAUUUCCCAUCUGUUCCUCUGCUGGGACCUGUGGCUCCAGCUGCUGCCAGCCAACCAGCUGCCAGACCAGCUGCUGCCAGCCAACCUCCAUCCAGACCAGCUGCUGCCAGCCCAUCUCCAUCCAGACCAGCUGCUGCCAGCCAACCUGCCUCCAGACCAGUGGCUGUGAGUCCGGCUAUGGCAUUGGUGGCAGCAUUGGCUAUGGCCAGGUGGGCAGCAGUGGGGCUGUGAGCAGCCGCACCAGAUGGUGCCGCCCUGACUGCCGUGUGGAGGGCACCAGCCUGCCUCCCUGCUGUGUGGUGAGCUGCACAUCCCCAUCCUGCUGCCAGCUGCACUAUGCCCAGGCCUCCUGCUGCCGCCCAUCCUACUGUGGGCAGUCCUGCUGCCGCCCAGCCUGCUGCUGCCAGCCCACCUGCACUGAGCCCAUCUGCGAGACCACCUGCUGUGAGCCCACCUGCUAAAAGCCAGGAUGCUGAUUUUCAACUUGAAAGUUCAACUUCCAACUCAGUCCAUGAACUAAUUAUCUCUUCUACCAUCCUUGGACCAUUUACAAGUUCUUGAACUUUAAUCAAAAUUUUAUGAAGGGUUACCAAAUAUUUGGACUUAAUAGACUUAUCUGAUUCCAUUCAAUACUAACAAAAUGUUGAUUUCUCCACUAAGUUGACCGAAAUACAAAUAUGACCCAAUAAAUGCGAAAAACCAGUUUGAGUUGGGAUUGACCUUCAGCAAGCCUCCUCUUCACAGCUCAUUGCUGCCAAAGCUGAGGAAGAACCAUCUCUCCUUCUCAGAUACAUUCACUUCCUAAACUCCACCAUUUUGCAAAUUGCAUUUCUUAUGAAAAGGGAAUAAUAUACCAAGAUCUAAUAAAAUAUAUACAUUUGAUAACAGCAAA